AUGUCUGAACGAAGUUUCCAGUCCGUGAAAUCCACACCCUCCCAAUCAAGUUCUACCACACUCUCUGGAGCAUCCUCUCGCAACUAUGCUUCGACCCAAACCUCACACCCAGCUCAGAGCCCCACCGCAAGCACCUUGAGUCGGCCCUCAAAGAGCCCCCGAGUCACCAACAGAAACAAAAGCGCAGCUUGCCCACCACCACCGGCAGGUGUGCCUCCGCACGUCAACACGAUAGGUCCCGAAAGACGCCCGAGCGGCUCCCAGGGGUCGUCCGACUUUGAUGGAGUGAUCACAACUCUGAGGGUCAUGAAGGAGAAAUCGGAUGCUUCCGAGCGUGCACAAGUCGCGCAUAUCACGACCUUAUCGGCGGAGCUGCGAGAGGAGAAGAAGAAGAACCAGGAGCUGCUCUUGCGGCUGGGCGGGCGGGACCAGACAAUAGCGGAGCUGCGUGGGAAAGUCAAGACUGCGCAUGAGAAAGUCGAGACUGCGCAUAAGAGUGCUCAGAAACUCAGGGACGAGCUCGGGGAAUGUGAGGCCAAAAAUCGGGUGUUCCAGGGCCAAAUCAGUGAGCAGCGCGAUCGGAUUGCGGAUCUGAAGGUCUCGUGCGAACAUGGUUUGGAUACAGUCAGUCGACUGCAAAAAGAGAUGAAGGAACACAAGGUGACGGAAGAGAAGAAGGGGAAAGAACUGGAGAAGAAACUGCAGGCGUCCGAGCAGAAGACAGUAGAGUUGGAACAGGCGCUGACGCAGCAGAAGACCCUCGCAGCCGAGGAAUGCAAGGCUCUCCGAAAACAACUAGCAGACACUGAAGCCCGGGAAGACCUUCUGAAGAAGUACGAGAUAACAAGAAGGAAUGCACGCGAGGCAGAGAGGAGAGAUCUGGCAAGGCUCAGACGCCAGCACGAUGAGCUUCAACAGAGACUACACACGGCACAAGGCGUCAUUGAUACCUUGUCCCUAGAGAAGGAGAUACUUACACGCGAGAAGAAUGAGUCGUUGUCCCAGAGGCUCGAAGAACAGGUGCACAACCUGCAGGCAGUCACGAAUCACAGCCGAGAGAGUCUUCAGCAGCACAGGGAGAACCACAAUGACCUUCUCGCGGGAUUUCUCGCCUCGCUGGAGCAUAUACUGGGGGAUACCCUCGGGCAGCAAGACCACAAGGCGGGGAUCGCGGAGGAAACACUGGCAGCGCUAGCAGACAUUCAACACAACUCGCUUUUGACUCAGAGCAAGGUUCAGGACAUCUCGACUGGCUUAGACGAACGCUUCCUCGAACUGAACAAGAAUGUUUGUCAGACCAUGGAGAAUAUCCUGGAAAGCCGGUUGCAUCCUUUAGAGUCCACGAUGGAAGAGAUCCACGGGCACCUUCUCAGCAAGGACGAUCGCAAUGAAAAAGCUGCACUGGACGGCCUCGAAUGUCCCUCAAUCCAUGGCCUGAUGGGUUUGGUAGAGGAAUAUGAAGCCAUGGAUGACCACGCCGGCAAAGAACCCGCAGAGCCGACGGCUAACCCUAAGAAGUCCUAUCUCUGUGUGAGAAUCCCUCUGGCUUCCACCUCCUCUACCCAAGAUGUCUUCACCGAUUAUCAACCGGAUUGUACCGAUGAGCUGGUCUCCGCCACGGCCAAGGCGACGAGCACGACUCAAACUGGCGUGGACGGCAAGCCCAUAAAAAGUCCGGAUGAAGUCUACAGGAGUGGUUCGAAUGUCGACUGGGUCCGAAGAGCCGGACAACAAGACAGAGCAAUGUCAGUGCCCAGCCCCCUGAUGUCCAGAAACCCCUGA